UGCUGGGGCCCCCACCGGUCCACGGUGAACCCGCUGUCAAGCUCCACAAAGGUGAAGAGGUGAAGAUGGAGCUGGAGAACUCGGCUCUGUGGAAGCAGUUCAGCUCUCAGGGAACAGAGAUGAUUAUAACCAAAAAGGGCAGGUGAGGAUGAAUAAAAUCCCAGAAUUCUUUAUUUUAUUUAUUUAUUUAUUCACAUGACCCAUGACCUGCUUCCAGGCGGAUGUUCCCGGGUUUGAGGCUGAAGCUGUCCGGAUUGAACCCGUCUUUCCGCUACAUCCUCCUCCUAGACGUCGUUCCGGUGGACAACUCUCGCUAUCGUUUCCAAGGCGGUGGCUGGCAGGCCGUCGGGGCGGCGGAAGCCAGGCUACCGGACCGGGCGUUCAUCCACCCGGACUCGCCUGCCACAGGCGCCCACUGGCAGAGCCGCACCAUCUCCUUUCAUUACGCCAAGCUGACCAACAACAUGCUGGACACGCAGGGACACGUAUGUACAGCUGAGGGACAUAAACAGUCAUUUAUUGUCUUUCUUGGUUUUGAUUGCCAAUUUUUUUUAAAAAUCAAGAUCAUCCUGCACUCGCUGCAUCGCUACCAGCCCAGAAUUCACGUGGUUGAAGCCAGAGACAUGUUGAGGUGGGGUGGGGGACAGCACACCUUUGUCUUCCCCGAGACCCAGUUCAUCACCGUCACUGCCUACCAGAACAACAAGGUACCACUGGGUUUCAGUCAAUCUUCUGAUCUGUCAUUUGAAUUCUAACAGACGUGAUCACGAUCAACUGAAAAUAAACCAAUGACGUCUAAUGAGAAACAUAUUUUCAGAUCACAGAACUGAAGAUCAACUCCAACCCUUUCGCUAAAGGCUUCAGAGAGGACGGCAUGAACAGCAAAAGGUAAUUAUUAGCCAAAAAAAACAUAAAAAUUUGAGCAAAUUACUGUAUUUUUGAAGACUAAAAUCAAUAUCUUUUGCAGACAAAGAGAUGCCAGACAAAAGCGCAAAGUUGUAAACCUGGAGGAGACUUUGGAUAGUGGUAAGUGUGUUACUCAGGAUCAUUUUGGGACACAUUUACUUACCGUACAUUUUUCUUUUAAAAUCAUGUUGCCGUUUUUACCUAA